CUAUUUCCAAAAUAAAAAACAAAGCAAGCAGAUAUCAUAGCCAUACUCUGGCAUCUACAAGAGAGAAAAAAAAAAUACUUAUCCAUAUUUUCAUCUAGUAAAAGACGACGGCAGGAGAGGAAAAGAUCUGAUUAAUCAAUAUCUGUGGAGUUAUCAACAAAGAUGACGUAAUGUGAAUAUCAAUGGAUCAUUCCUGGAGGGGGAGGAUGCUGUGGAUCUGUAACCAGGGGCCCGCUCGCUCCCAGUGUCAGGUGUGCCCACGGCCUCCCCGCUCCCGCCGGCCCACAUGGUACAGUCCACAUGCGGUUCGGAGUUGUUGCCGAGGAGGUUCCACUCUUCAGCGCUCCUCAAACUGGCAUGCAUCCUCCUCUUCGGCCAGGCAGCAGGGGAAUGCACUUCUUCUUUUGACGAUGCUACUCUUUUCUGAGCGGAGGCGUCUCAGACAGCAGCGCAAGAGCGCGCUCUGCUACGUUUUGUGCUUUAUUUCAGGCGCUGUGUGCAGUCAGGUGGUGGUGCCUCAGAGAGUGAGUGCCGUGCUGGGAAAAAAUGUGACUUUAGACUGCCGGGUGGAGGUUGGCACAAACCUCACUCUGACUCAGAGUUCCUGGGAGCGCCGCCUGCCUUCGGGCUCCGUAACCGUGGCGGUGUAUAACCCCGAGCUUGGCACCUUCAUCCCACCGGAGUAUAUCAACCGCUUGCAUUUCCGGUCGCCAUCAUCUCGCGAUGCCACUAUCGUACUGGGAAACGUGGGCUUCUCAGACGUGGGGAUCUACACUUGUAAGGUGGCUACGUUUCCUCUGGGAAACACACAAGCCUCUACCACCAUUAGUGUGCUUGUGGAGCCAAAGGUCUACGUUUCCGCCGGCUCAGCCGCUCUGAUCGACGGGGGCAACGACACCGUGGUGGCCACCUGCAUCGCCGAGCGAGCUCGGCCCCCUGCUGAGGUGUCUUGGGAGUCCAACCUUUUCGGCCAGUCAGAGGUGCAACUGUUCGACGACGUCAACGGCACGACCAGCACACAGGUGCGCUACAUCUGGCAGCCCACGCGCCACGUCCAGGGCCACGCGCUGACCUGCGUGGUCCGUCACCCGGCGCUCCAGAGCGACUUCAGGAUCCCCUACCAGCUCAACGUGCAGUUUGCUCCUGAUAUAUCCGUUGUGGGGUAUGAUGGGGACUGGUAUGUGGGCCGAGAGAAUGUCCAGAUGACAUGCAAAGCCAACGCCAACCCACCGGCUCAUCACUUCAGAUGGAUCAGAUUGGACAGUGAAAUGCCAGACGGCGUGGAAACGAGGAACAGCACUUUGCUUUUCCUGCGUCCCCUUCAUCGGAAUGACUCUGGCGUUUACAGGUGCGAGGUUGCCAAUGACAUUAACCUCCGCAGUCGAGAUGUGCGCAUCCUCAUACAAGAUCCUCCCACCAUGCCUUCCACCAUUACCGCUCCUGUCCUAACCGGCUCUUCCUCCUCCACCUUUGUGGUUGAUAAGGGCCACGUCCUCCUGAGCUCCCCUACACUUGAAGCCCUGCCUGAAAGUAAUCUUGGUUCCAUAGUGGGUGGGGCCGUGGGCGGGGCCUUGUCCCUGCUUCUGGUGUUGUCUCUGGUCGGCGUGUGUUACCUACGGAAACCGCAGACCUUUCACGGCAGCUACUACGCCAAGCAGAACCACGGCACUGCUGAUUUGCAGAAGGCCGCCGGGCAACACGAGCUGCGGCCCACGAAGGCCGGCGGCGGCACUAGCACCCGGGAUCAUGACCGGGAGGAGUGGGGCGACCGCGAGCUCAAAAAAGAACGAGACCAGCAUCGCUAUAACGAGUACAACGGAGAAAAGUAUCCCGUUAACGGCUACACGAGGGCCAUGAGGGAAAGCGGCCGCCUCAACCAGCAACAGACUCCCCGUCAGGAACACGCACAGUUUUCUAGUCCACAGCGGCCCAGGUGCGCCAGAUACCCUCACCCACCUAAACGGCAGGGAAACGGCUCCCCCUACCUGUCGGAUGACUGCUACGAUAGCGGGGCCGACGGCGAUUACGUGUCGCACACAGACGGCUCGCUCAUGUCACGUAGAGAGUGGUACGUUUGAUAAGCUGGAUGGUUCUGCAGGUGCAGAAAAGCAACUAAGUUUUGUUUAUGAAGAAAACACCUUGUUGUACGUGUACACACACCUCAGUUCUAGUUCUCUGCAGCUGGUUUGUUUUUAACUCUUUGGGACUGGAUGGUUUGAAUGUGGAAACGCUGGGAACUCUUCAGUCAGUGUAACAUCUUGGUACCUUUAUCUGUAUAAAAAUGAAGUGUACGCUGUUGCUGCCUUACUACAUGGACUGCCAUGGUUGAUUUAGCAUGAAUACUGUCUUUUCAGUUGAAGCCCUGGUGGCUCCAGAUAGGCGGCUGCAACAACAAUCAAAUUAUGUUAUUCUACGGUUUCAAACUUUUUCCAACGGAUCAUUUCAUGCCAACUUACCAGACUCUGUUGGUUAAAAAUGACUCAUUUAUUUUGUUAAAAUUAUCCCAUGAAAAUUAGUUGCUUGCAAAGUACUGUAGCUUCUUGUAAAUACAUUGCUUUAAGUCUCAUCUUUAUGUUUUGCAAAGAUACUUGAUUGAGAUUGAAAUACAACAUCAGUGAAACCCUGUAGAUAGCUGAACAGUCUUUGCUAAAAUGUUUCAUUUUGUUUAAAAUCAUUUGGUUGCUGUGAAAUUUUUAGUUAUGAAAUGUUUACUCAAAUUAGGUUGUCAUGUAUGUUGUUUGAUAUGAGUAUUUAUGGAGGACAUUCAGAAUUUUGCAUGGCUCGCCAACCAUUUGAUUUCUUUUUCUGAGCUGAGCAGGUCGGUUGAGCCGAUGUGGCACGUACCUAAUUUGUGUUAGCUUUGUUGUGUUUGCACCUGUUUACAAAACCACUAAUAUUUUUCCUCUGUUUUAAACCAUGAAGGUAACUUGCAGGAUUUAAGCAAAUAAUUUCCCAAAACCCUGCACAGGAAGCUCAUUAUGCACUAGAUUUGUCUACGUAACGAAUCUGAUGGCUUUUGAACUUUAACAGACGAUGAAGUGCAUUGCACUGCCUGUCCCACAAAACUCAAUGACUCAUUGCACUAAUUAGUCUUCAUUUGGUCUGCUCUUAUGUAAAUCAUGAGGUAAAAAUUUAGAACAAAAUGGCAGUAAAUGAACUUGAAGAACAUUCAUCCUGAACUGAUGCAGGACUACUUUCGUUUUCAGUUGAUCAUUAAUCCGAUGCCAUAAAACGAAAUAGCAGGGAAAUUACUUCCAUGAUAUUCUUAGAUUUUUCUGGGAAAAGUUCCAGGUUAGUUAUCCUCAUCAGUUAGCCAAGCAUGUUCACAGUAUCCUGUCGCCUUUUUAUAUAAUGAUGGCUCUGUUUAAGAGUUUGGUCGCUGGCAUCAAAAGCGUGCCAUCAGCAGGGUAUUGUUUGAAGCGGGCUACUGCAAGGCAACCACCACACGCUGGCCUCCUCAUCAAAAACGGCUUUGUUGCAUAAUUAAUUUAGAUUUUUCACAUUUUUUUCUUCCUUUUUUUUUGUCAUAACACUUUUUCACACAAACCACUAACAGUUUUCUUUUCUCUUGUCUGAGCAAUUUACAUCAUGUGUUGCAAAUACAAGCAGAGACGGUAAUGGAUAGUAGUUGUUCUCUUACAUUCAUUCAUUCGUAGAGCAGAAAAACUUAAACAAUGUAGACACAUCAGGUCCAUUUCUCACCUGAUUAUCAGCGCUUUUACUCUUUCACUGCACAGAGACGGAAAAUAAUCAGUUGCACUCAUAAAACUGAAACUACAAAAAAAAUAACGCUUGAAAAUAACACUUUGUUUUUGUAAAUUUACUUGCCAGUUUAUACUCUUGAACAUAAGUACUGUGACUUAUUUGUAUGCUUUUUUUUUGUACUUGUCAGUGUUAUUGGGCUUCACAGCUCCAGUAGUUCAGGUCUCAAACAUUCACAAAUUAAUGUGAUGUAAAGUUUUUGUAUGCAGAAGAAGAAAGAAGAAAAAAAAAAGGUAUCCUGGCACUUGUACCCAUUUACUUGACCACAUGGAGGAAAUCCAAAUAUUUUUGUUCUCAUGUACACUAAUUGUGAAUAAAUGCCAACUUUAUUAGUAUGAUCACACCUUUCCGACGCGAGCUGCCAGAUGCCGACUCUAUCGAACUUGUAUUUAAAGUAGGGAAGCAUUGCCUCACAUAAAUAACAGUAUCGGCAUAUAUAGAUAAAAUAUAUCACUGUUGUGUACAGGGUAGCCUAAAAUAGAAGAGAUGCUUUAUUAUCAGAGUAACAGUUGUUAAAAUGGGAAAGUGUAUUACAAAUUACUUGUCUGGUUGUGAAUUUUGUGCAGUGACUAGGCUGCUGAAAACGAGAAAACGACCACUUACUGUUGUCAGCAAAGUAGUAGUAUUACAAUUUCUAGAAAGAUGGUGCACACUUUCAUAAUGCCAGGAAAAAACGUGAUCUCUUUGCUUACAAAGAAAAAACUUGAGGUAAAUAUUUCCGUUAAGUUUGCUGCUGUGUUAAAUCUAUUUAAAAUGUUUUGGGGGUUUUUUUUAUUGAUUUUUGAUCAAUCAGUCCUAACUUUCACAAUUGUCCAACUAAAAUUAAAUGUAUGCUGUAAAGACGAUUUCAGCUGCCGGGUUAAACGGCCGUUUCUUUUCCCUAUUGGAUUCGUAUUGCAUACAUGUGGAAAACAGGAAGCACGGCACUCUGAACCCUACUUGUGCUCGCUCCUAUGCACUAAGGAGGAGAUUCCUUUAAUCGAUAUGUUUUCAGCUCGGCUCCUCGGUUUCCAGCUCCACGCCUGGAUCGAUGAAGUUCUUUUGUAUCCAGAUCAUCAAUAACCUCACCUAAGUUGAGAAAUAGAACUAGUGCCUUAGAUACUUUAUUUUUUGUUUGUUUGUUUGUUGUUUAUGAUGGAUGUGACAUAUUUUCUCAGAAUUGUAUUUGAUUUUGAUUUCACUUAGUGCCAGGAGGAAUUCUUAGUGCCAUAUUCACCCAGACAGAGGAUGUUGGUUGUAUAUUUGCAAACCUAGAGGCAUUAAAAGAAAACACUCGGUGAAAGCGUUGAAUGAAUUUUCCUGUGAAAUGACAGAUUUGUAAAAGGGGUUGGUUUAUGUAACGUCACCAUUGUUUUAAAAAAAAAAAAAAAAAAAAUUCAGUGUCACAUUAAUUUAAAAAACAAAACAAAAACUUUUUCUUUCUUUUUUGUAUAUACAGCAGAAAAUGUAAGAUUGUGGGAGGAAAAAAAAAAAGUCAGUGAAAGCAGUGGAGCAUUAUUUUGUCAAUCCUUUUGAGAAACUAUUGUUAAAUAAAGCACCUUAGCACCUGUGA